AUAUUCACAAUUCAUUUUCCGAGAGAGAGAGAGAGAGAGAGAGAGAGAGAAUUCAAGGGUAUUCAUCAAUGGCGCCGAAGAAGCAGAGGACGGUGAGUCGGAACCCAGAUCUGAUUCGCGGAGUAGGGAAGUACUCGCGAUCUCAGAUGUACCACAAGAGAGGUCUGUGGGCAAUCAAGGCCAAGAACGGCGGCGUAUUCCCUCGCCACGACAAGAAACCCGCCGCCGCCAAACCCGCCGAGAAAGCCCCCAAGUUCUACCCCGCCGACGAUGUCAAGAAACCCCUCCUCAACAAGCGCAAACCCAAACCCACCAAGCUCAGGGCUAGUAUUACUCCCGGGACGGUGUUGAUUAUAUUGGCUGGGAGGUUUAAGGGGAAGAGAGUUGUGUUUUUGAAGCAAUUGACAUCUGGGUUGCUUCUUGUUACUGGACCUUUCAAGCUUAAUGGUGUUCCUCUUAGACGUGUAAAUCAAUCUUAUUUGAUUGCUACUUCAACCAAGGUGGACAUCUCUGGCGUCAAUGUUGAAAAGUUUGAUGACAAGUAUUUUGCAAGGCAAGUCGAGAAGAAGAAAAAGAAGGGAGAAGGCGAGUUCUUUGAGGCAGAGAAAGAGGAGAAGAAUGUUCUCCCACAGGAGAAAAAAGAUGAUCAGAAAACCGUGGAUGCACCUUUGAUAAAGGCCAUUGAGGCAGUUCCAGAUUUGAAGACCUAUUUGGCUGCAAGGUUUUCGCUCAAGGCAGGCAUGAAACCUCACGAGCUUGUUUUUUAGUGGAAGCAGCUUGGAAAAUUAUUAGGAUUGAUAUUUUCCCUACCAAUUUCUGUUUUGUUUUAACUUGAUUUUGCGGCUGUACUGUUUUUGUCGGUGUGAUAACCAUAUAAAUUUUGUGUUAUGAAAGGGAAUUUCAUAUUUUUUUAAAAAUUUUGUUUCACGACUA